UCCCCCAUUGCCACCCCGCGAUUCUCCUCAACGCGUCACCAACUGUCUCCGAAUUUCAUUAUAUCUAUAUCUUGACCUUAAGAAACCAACUAACAUUCCGAAGACAAAAGCAAAUUCAUACAAUUAAGUUAUGCCCGCCAAAAAAGGUACCGUAGCUAAACGUUCUACUUUGGAGGCUACGGGCAAAUCCCGUCGCAGAUCUCACCGCAUUAGCCUCAGCAGUAAGAAGAGUACAUACUUCGAGGACAAUGACAACUCAGAUGAAGAGCUACCACCUCGUAAGAUUGUAAAAACCGGGGCUGGGGGGAAACCUUCUGGACGAAGAAAAGCUCGAGUGGAAGAAUCGGAUGACGAAUUACAGUAUGAAAAUGUUAAAGAUACAUCCGAGGAUGAUGACCGGGAUGCCGCGUUUGCUGAGGACAACCCUGAAAGUGAAGCAGAACGACCCGUGAUACAGAAGCGAGGUCGUGGGAGACCUUCGAAAACCCGGACCGAGACUACAAAGAAGUCUAAUAAAAACCCCCAAAAUCUAGAAAGGACAAAGGCCAUAGCAAAGACUCGGAAUAAGGCCAAGAGGGAAAAGGAGGUUGACUCCGAGAAGUCAGUAGUCGAGGAAGAUAGCGACGACGACGAUGAUGAUGAUGAUGACGAAAACCGCAUUACCUUCAUUCCAGCAAUACAAUUAAGAGAUACCGACGGCGUCGAAUAUGAGGAUACCCGACUCCAUAAAAACACUUUCUUGUUUCUAGAAGACCUCAAAGCUAACAACCAACGCAGUUGGCUUAAAUCACACGAUGAGGAAUAUAGAAGGUCACUCAAAGACUGGGAAUCAUUCGUAGAGACCCUUACAGAGAAGAUCAUCGAGGCGGAUGAGACUAUUCCAUGGUUGCCAGUGAAAGAUGUUAUCUUCCGGAUAUACCGAGACGUCAGAUUCAGUAAAGAUCAGACUCCGUAUAAGCCUCACUAUUCUGCAGCAUGGUCACGAACUGGUCGAAAAGGCCCGUACGCUUGCUAUUACGUGCAUGUCGAGCCCGGUCGGUGUAUGAUAGGUGGAGGCGUAUGGCAUCCAGAGGCCGACGCGUUAGCCCGAUUGCGCGCGAGCGUCGACGAGCGCCCCCAUCGUAUAAGUCGAGUCCUAAUGAAUCCUACAUUUCGGAAGACAUUUCUACCCGACGCAAAGUCCGGCAACGAAAAGUCUGUGAUGGCGGCGUUCGCGGCGAAGAACCAGGAAAAUGCGCUCAAGACGAAACCAAAGGGCUUCCAUCCGGAUCAUAAAUAUAUAGAGCUUCUCAAACUGCGGAACUACACUGUUAGCACGCAGAUCGACGACUCGGACCUUCUCGCCGAUGACGCGCAGGAUAAAGUAAUGAGUGUUAUUUCCGCUAUGGUCGAAUUUGUCACGUUUCUCAACAGCGUCGUUAGGCCGGACCCUAACGCCGAGAGCGAUUCCGAUGAGGCCGACGGCGGGACUGAAGAGCAAGAGGGUGAAGAUGAUGACGAGGAAUAGUUCUUUAUUUUCCUUAGAUAUAGUGGGCGCUGACCUGGAUGUAAAUGAUAAGGUGUUAAUAAUAUUU